AUGACUGGCAGCUGUCACUGAGCAUCUUUACCACUUCCUCAGAGCUUCAUAGAAACUACUGAAACCAUCAAGAGUUUAGUCAUUUACAUGUAACAUCUUGUGCUGCAGUUGAUCCUUUGUAAUAUAAUCAGCAUCAAUGGAAGAAGUCUAUGUUAAUGUUGAAUACACCAAAUCUGGGGACUCAACAAUUCCAACAAAUCAGGCAGGUCUGAGGAGCUCAAAGAGGAGAUAUCAUGGAGCUGUUGUUCUCUGUUUGGGGCUGCUGAGUGUUUUCCUGCUGGCUGGACUCAUCGGACUUGGUGUCCACUACCAUGGUUCAGUACACAGGCUAGCUGCAGAGCUCUCUGCUAUCAAAGCCAACUUGAGUGAGCAUCUCCAGAUCAGUGAUAAGUUUUCUUCCCUGACUGAAGAGAGAGACUUGCUGAAAGCCAACCUCUUGGAAAUGACAAAAGAGCGGGACAAGCUUCAGUGGUUGCUCCAACAGAAGACAACGUGUCCUACAGGAUGGACAAAUUUCAGUUGUUCCUGUUACCUCUUCUCUGAUGAGUCUGGCUCCUGGGAUCAAGGCAGAGAGAACUGCAGAGCCAGAGGAGCAGAUCUGGUGGUUAUAGACAGUCCUAAAGAGCAGGAAUUUCUCUUGGGAUUCACCUCACGAUCAGCUUGGAUUGGUUUGAGUGACAGAGAUGAGGAGGGGACCUGGAAAUGGGUUGACAAAACUCCACUGAAUCUGACUGUCACUGCUAAAUACUGGAGAGUCAACCAGCCUGAUAAUGGUAAUGGAGAACCACAGUGGGGUGAAGAGGACUGUGCAAAUAUCAGCAGUGAUGGUUGGAAUGAUCUGUCAUGUGAUGCUUCUCUGCGAUGGAUCUGUGAAAAAAUGGCAUAACACUGCUCUAUAAUUUGUUUUAAGAUAAAAGCACUUGUAAAUGCUUUUACCAGUGUUAACUAUCAUUAUGUAACGCUUUUAGUAAUAACUGCUCUUAUAUGUUGGUAAAAAAAAAAAAAAAAAAAAAACACAUAUCAAAGCUAAUAAAAUCUUAGAAACAGCCCUGACAGAGGAAUGCUUUACUUUAUUAAUGAACUACAAACUACACACAUACUAAGUUCAAAGGACAUUUCUGAUUCUAUGUGAGUAAAGUGUGUGCUUGUUCUGGUACAUUUCUGGGGUCCAAAAACAGAGCCCGAGCCCGUGAGGUCCGACAGCUUUGUGGGAUCAUGCUCAUACUCAUUACUGAUACUGAUCUCUGUGAUGACUUUUCUUCCAUAUAUUGUUAUUUUAUGAUAGUAGUAACUCCAUAGCACACCUCUCAAGUGUGUUAUAAUGACUUUAUGAUGUUUUUAAGUAACUUCUCAUCAUCAUUUAUAAAAAGUUAACUUCUUAACUUCUGCUAAAUGAACUCUUCCUCUUCCCCUUUGAAAUCUCAGAUGUUAAAGACCCAGAGCUCCAUUGCAAGCUCAUUGCUCUCCCACCCAGCCACUCCCCACUCUCUUUGCCUAAAUGCAGAGAAAAAGUUAAAGCAGAAAACUUAGAAAUUUUUAAAAUUCAAAAAUACUACUGAAAAAUACUGAUAGUGAAAAAAAACAAAAAGUUUUCAAAUGCCAGUGUUUUCUUUUUUUAGUUCAUGUUUUAUUGUUAAUGCUGCAUUUUACUGGCAGUGUCAAAAUUUUUAACAUUGCUGCACAUAAUACACAGAGAUACAUUUUUAAAAAAAAUAAAAAGAAGACAAUACUUGGUUAGAACAAUUGCCCACAGGUAAGGCUGAGGUUCAGACAACAGUCUGAGCUGUGAAAAAAAAGUGUUAGCAUCUGUUGUUACUGCUUUAUCGUUGAUUGGAUUCACUGGUCUUUAGUCUGUUCAGGUCUGAGGAGCUGUAAGAGGAGAAUUCAUGGAGCUGUUGUUGGGGUUGUGGAGUCUCAGCCUCGGUGUGAACAGAUAGACAUAUUCAUACUGGUACUUUGUUAGCAUGAAUGUCUCUGUCGACGGAGAGCAAGUAGAGACAUUAAACUUUACAGGACUUGGUAUUUAUCCCAGAGUGAGGAUCAAAUGUGAUUAUACAUCUUACUUCAUGUUAGCUACUUCAAUCUACCUUUCUAUGACCGCUGUCUCUACUUUGUGUAGAGAUGGUGAUUUUAAGACAGGAUUUGGUUGUCGCACUGUUGCUCCUGCAGUGUUCUGAGUGUGAACUGCGAAAAAAGGAACUCAUCAACUGAUAUUCUGACAUUCAACAUGGUCAUUCCCAAGAUCGGAUUAUUAUUAUUUCCCUAGCGCAACAAUCACCUUUUUGAGGACCUAAACAUGCUCAAAUACUCAUAAAACUUUGCAAACACGUCAGACCUGGCAAAAAUUUACAUAUUUUAAGGGUCUCAUGCAUGGGCACUGCAAAAUGGCUCUAUAGUGACCCCUGGAAAUUUUCAGAACCCCCUUGUCAUUGGGCUUAGUUUGUCCUACAUGGACAAAAUUCCCACCAUGUAAGAUGCCUUUGAUGACUUUUUUGUACAUGCCAAGAUGUACAAAAAAGUCUCCUGACUUUUGACUAAUUUGUUCUGUGUCCAGCAGUCACGCAGUUGCAGAGCCAUGUCACACAACCUGCAGCAACCCCGCAGCCGUGGGUCCCCUGACGGGCACAGGGUGCAUGCGAGGGCCUGUUCAACACUGCUCUAAUUUUUGUAAUGUCUUCCUUUUCUCUUUUGACUUGGUAUCUUUUCUCAUGACCACCAUUACACAGAUGUACAACAUCUGUGGAGGAUUAUUAUUGUACAGUCUAUUUCAUGACCUCUGAAACCUGUGACUUCCUCAAAAAUUGAGGAAAAAAAUGAGAAAUUGAAACCAAGAGGAGUUCUAUUGUAUGUAGUCCAUGCUGCAGUGCUGAGCUACCAGGUGAUGGUGGACAUUCCUAUGAACAAUGGAGGAAAUCUAUGCUAAUAUCAAAGAUGCUAAGCCUGUCAACCCAAAAUCUUCUACGAAUCAGACAGGUCCAAGGAGCUCUCAGAGGACCUUUCAUGGAGCUGUUGUUCUCUCUCUGGGCCUGAUAAGUGUUUUCCUGCUGGCUGGGUUCAUCAGCCUCAGUGUCCAGUACCGUUCCUUGGUACGUGAUUCGGCUACAGGACUCUCUGCCAUCAAAGCCAACCUGACUGAACAUCUCCAGAUCAGUGAUAACAAACUCUCCUCCCUGGCUGAAGACAGAGACCAGUUAAAUGCCAGCCUCAUCAAAAUGACUGAAGAGUUGGACAGACUUCAGACUUUGUCCAAACAGAAGACAACGUGUCCUACAGGAUGGACAAAUUUCAGUUGUUCCUGUUACCUCUUCUCUGAUGAGUCUGGCUCCUGGGAUCAAGGCAGAGAGAACUGCAGAGCCAGAGGAGCAGAUCUGGUGGUUAUAGACAGUCCUAAAGAGCAGGAAUUUCUCUUGAGAUUCACCUCAGGAUCAGCUUGGAUUGGUUUGAGUGACAGAGAUGAGGAGGGGACCUGGAAAUGGGUCAACAAAACUCCACUGAAUCUGGUGUACUGGGAAAAAAUUCAGCCCGAUAAUGGUGGUGGAGACCCACAGUGGGGUGAAGAGGACUGUGCAGAGAUCAGAAGUGAUGGUUGGAAUGAUCUGUCAUGUGAUGCUUCUCUGCGUUGGAUCUGUGAAAAACUGUCAUAAUACUGCUGUAUAAUUAGUUUUAAGAUGAAGUAUUUGUAAAUGCUUUCACAGUUUCUGCGGUCAUUAUGCAAAACUUUUAGUGAUAAUUGUUCUUGUAUGUUUGUUAAAAAAAUGCUUCACCCUCAGUUCUGGCAGUAUAGCUGUAUGCACUGGAAUGUUAUUUAAGCACACACACAAACACCCCCACCCCUACCCAAACUACUUUUCACCUCUAAAUUUAACUUUUCACACUGACGUGAGGUGAUAACAGAGGAAGAAUUGACGCUGCCAGUGGUACUUCCUGUCUUUUUUUCAUCAUAACAUAACCUCAUCUAGUUAUCUCUCCUUCUCGAGUAUGAUGCAGUUUUACAGAACAUUUUUCCCCUUUAUUUAUUUACAAGCUACAGCUGUGUGUGUGUGUGUGUGCGCGCGUGUGUGUGUGUGUGUGUGCACCCGCACAUGCAUGUUCCAGUAUAUUUUUGUGGUUUAGUGGUUAUGGUUGGAAAUAAAAGUAAGUAUGUGUAAUGUGUAAUGUAA